GCAUGGGAACACCGGAGCGGAAUUCGAGCACGGAUCGGUUCUCCAGUAUGUCGGUACCGGAACAUUUGAGUGUGGACCCGGACGAUCUGAGAACAAGGAAGAACUCUGAUUUGAGUAACACCAGCGAUAACAUGAUGGUUCCAGACAGGCUGCUAGUAGACGACAUGACUAACCCUUACCACGUUCCACACUUGGAUACACCCCCCAGGGUCCUUACCGUCGGGGACGUUAAAAGAAGAUCUCAUGUCAACACCAACGGUUCUGUUUCCGCGCCGAUUCCUGCUGCACCAAACUUCGAACAAGACGAAGACAUCUUAACUCUCGCCAAUCGAAUCCUAGCUCUCCAUCAAAAAGUGAUCACACUUGAAAACAGAUUGAACAUCAAAACUGAAUCCAGUUUUACGGGCGCUGCUGCAUAUUACUUCAAGAUAUUUGGGAUUAGCCUCGCGGCUGCAUUUCUAGUGCAGUUUCUUUCAAAGAGAUGACAUACUUGCUAAUUAAUUCAUAACUUUGGUUUAUUGUCUUCAUAUUAUGUGCGAGAGGUGAAAUCAGCUUAAAGAGCUGCUCUAUUAGUUGGACAAUGAACAUGAACAAAUAUUCACUCCUCUUGAGCAUCGCCUUCAUAGCAACAAUAUUCACUCUUCAUAGAUAUGGAUGCUGGCGGGGAGGUUAACCAAUUUUGUUUUGACACGUGACAGUGAUUACGGGUUUUGAUUGGUCAUUAGUAAAAGCUGAUCUAUUGAUCUCUAUCACGUGUCAGAAAUACUAUUGCUCACUUCCCGAUCAGUAUCAUAAUCUACAUUUUGACUGAUAUUUGGCGCUGUUAACAGCUCAUUUGGUAAUGCAUAUUUACUGUGUAUGUAUAUUUGUAAGGUUUUGUCAUCGAGUUUAUAUGCAAACUAAGAUAAUAGUUGUAUGAUCAUGUUAAUAGUUUAUACUUUAUAGCGUUAUUAUUAGCGAUCUGCAAUUUUUAAGGUUUCUUCGAUAUUUUGAAAUUUUAGGAUCACUUGAUUAUCUUAACGAAUUGAUUAACUGUGCAUGAUGACUAAAGACUUACGAUAAUGCCAGUAUUUUUACUGGGUAUAAUAAUGAUUAAAGAGCCAUACAACAAAGUUACCAAUGUUUCUGUGCAGCGAAGAAACAUGAACUUGUAACUGGUAAUUACUGCACUGUUAUCGGGUCAAUUCAUUAUUAUUGCUGUUAUUGUUAUUGCCCUCUUACUGAUCUGUACCAGUGCCAAUGUUUCUGUGCGGCUAUUGGUCACUCUAUUAGUCUGUGUUUGAUAUAUUUUAUCAAUUAUUUGUCUUUGUUAAAGUUGGUAUGCAGUAAACCUUGAUAAAUUUUAUCAAUUAUUCGUCCAUGUUUCGGUUGUUUGUAUGCAAUAAAACUUUAUAUAUUUUGCCACUCCCACAAAAUGUUACCAACAUCUGUGUUUAAUGGCUUGGGAUCGUUCAGAUAUUACGUUAGCAGCCUAAGGGGAGGGUGAUUGGAAUUGCUAAGGCUAUCUUAAUUUCUACAAAAUGUCUAAUAGCUAUGUGUGAAAGUAAUUUAGUAGAGGAGAGAGGGUCUAAAAUGGGAAAAAUCUGGCUUGAUGAUAAUAAUAUGUGAACGAUCCCCAAUCCCCAUAGAUAACUCAAGUCGUGUUAACCAUAGUUAAUCUUCGUGCGGUCAGUAGAAUUAAAGACCCUAAAUAACUGGAUAUCGAACUUAUCGUGGUUGCUUAAGAAUGCAAUUACAUUUUAAAUCGACUUUUUUUGUUAAUCGUAUUAUAACUCAAGGUUGUGAUCAUGAUAUUUAUUGGUGAGAUGCUUGGUAACUUUUAAAUGGUAUAAUUACAAUUGAAUUGAUAAUUAGUUUUUCGCCAUACUGUAUUAUGUGAAUUCAACUUUUUAAGUUUGAUAGCACUG